AUGGCUCGGUUGACCCCGGUGCAUUUCUUCUCCCAUGGCUCGACCAUGAUGCUGGGCGAGGAGUCCUCGUCUGCCGAUUAUUGGCGCCAAUGCGGUGACGAGGCUCUCGCACGCGGCAUUAAAGGGGUAGUUAUUAUGGGCGCGCACUGGGACUGCCACGGUGACCAGAUCCAAGUAUCCACAAACCCCAAGCCGAACAAAAGCCCAGUGGCCUACGUGCACCCAUCCAAAUACGUCUCCUACAGCCUCAACCCGGACCUCCCCACCGCCCAACGGUGCAUCGAGCUCCUCGCGCGCGAAAACUUCCGCGUCACCCCCAACCCCACCAUCGACUGGAUCCACGACGUCUACCUGAUCCUCAUCCGGAUGUUCCCCGCCGCCUGCCCCCCCACGACCAUCAUCUCGCUGAAUGCGCGCUACGACCCACACUACCACCUGAAAGUGGGAGCCACGCUCCGCCCCCUGCGGCGAGAAAACUACCUGCUCAUCGGCACCGGCGGCGCGGUGCACAACCUCUACCGCAACCGAUGGGCCCCGAUGCUGCGGUUCCGUGAUAACUUCGCCAUGGAGAAGGCGCCGGAGCCGUGGGCGCUGGAGUUCCGGCAGUCCGUCGAGGACGUGCUCCUCCGCACGGAGGGGCCGUGGCUCAGGCGUGCGAUGACCAGGCUGAUGAAGCAUCCCCAGUAUCGGGGGGCGCAUGCGACGGAUGAUCAUUUCAUGGCGGCGAUGUUUGUGGCGGGCGCGGCGGGGGAUUGGGAGGAUGAGGGGAAGGAGAGGAUGCUGGGAGCGGAGACGUGGGAGUUGACGAAUAUGUGUAAUUCGCAGUUUACGGUGGGUGUAGAUGGUGUUGUGUGACAUGUCGUUGAGAUUGAGAUGGGCUUAGGGCUGUUCGGAUGUGUGCAUCAUCCCUGGUAUGCUGUGUGACUGUGUCAGUGCCUGUCAGUGCCUGUCAGUGUGUGUCGG